GGGUAAAACCUUACAAACGAAUUUGACGUUAAACGUCAAAAAGAUUUUAUGCCAAAAAAAUGGCAAGUACGCUGGUUAGAUUUAGUAAUGUAGCAAAAACACAAUUGGGUGUUGCUGCUCCUUUAGUUAAUCAUGCCCAGGUUGCUUUCUAUUCUCAACCGCCACCCCAAACGAAAACUAAAUUUGGACCGUUGGCUGAUGAAGAUCGCAUCUUCACCAACCUAUACGGAAAGCACGAAUGGAGGCUUAAAGGAGCGUUAAAACGCGGGGAUUGGUAUAAAACUAAAGAGAUUAUUUCAAAAGGAGCCGAUUGGAUUAUUGAUGAAAUUAAAAUCUCUGGUUUACGUGGUCGUGGUGGGGCUGGUUUCCCAUCUGGAAUGAAAUGGUCCUUCAUGAACAAACCUAGUGAUGGUCGUCCCAAGUAUUUGGUUGUUAAUGCUGAUGAAGGUGAACCUGGAACUUGCAAAGAUAGAGAAAUCAUGAGACAUGACCCUCAUAAGCUUGUUGAGGGUUGUUUAAUUGCUGGUAAAGCAAUGGGGGCGAAAGCUGCUUAUAUUUAUAUUAGAGGAGAAUUUUAUAAUGAAGCUUCAAAUCUUCAAGUAGCCAUAGCUGAAGCUUAUCAAGCGGGACUUUUGGGUAAAAAUUCUUGCGGUUCGGGGUACGAUUUUGAUGUUUUCGUGCAUAGAGGAGCUGGGGCAUAUAUUUGUGGUGAAGAAACAGCUUUGAUUGAGUCAAUUGAAGGAAAGCAGGGUAAACCACGUCUAAAACCACCUUUCCCAGCUGAUGUUGGUGUUUUUGGUUGUCCCACAACUGUUACAAAUGUAGAAACUGUAGCUGUAGCGCCUACAAUUUGUCGACGUGGUGGAAAAUGGUUUGCUUCAUUUGGGAGAACUCGUAACUCUGGAACAAAACUUUUUAAUAUUUCCGGUCAUGUUAAUAAACCAUGUACUGUUGAGGAAGAAAUGAGCAUCCCUCUUAAAGAAUUAAUUGAAAGACAUGCUGGUGGUGUUACAGGAGGUUGGGAUAAUUUGUUAGCUGUUAUUCCUGGUGGAUCAUCAACACCUUUAAUUCCAAAGAGUGUUUGUGAUGAUGUGAUGAUGGAUUUCGAUGCUUUAGUCGCGGUCCAAACCAGUUUUGGAACAGCUGCAGUCAUUGUUAUGGAUAAAAGCACUGACAUUGUCAAAGCAAUUGCGCGUUUAAUCCACUUUUACAAACAUGAAUCUUGUGGUCAAUGUACCCCGUGCAGGGAAGGUAUUAAUUGGAUGAACAAAAUGAUUCAUAGAUUUAUCAGCGGUAAUGGUAGACCAGAUGAAAUCGAUAUGUUAUGGGAACUUAGCAAACAAAUCGAGGGGCACACCAUUUGCGCUUUGGCAGAUGGCGCCGCUUGGCCCGUUCAGGGACUUAUCAGGCACUUUAGGCCUGAAUUAGAAAUGAGAAUGAAAAAGUUCCAUGAACAGAACGAAAAGACACGUGUUGCUUUGUAAAUUUUGAUUGGGUGUGGAGAUUUUAAGAGGUAAGAAUUUUAAAAUGUAUUUAAAAGUUGUAUUAUUAAGAAAAAGUAAACUUAGAAGAUCGUUGUUAAU